AUGUUCAAAGUGAGCACAAAGUUGACUAGAAGCACGAAUUCAUAUUUAAGGCGCAUGAUGUCCUCCCAAGAGUCCGAUGUGGUAUUUGAAACGUUGAACAACGCAGGUAUUAUCACCUUGAACCGUCCAAAGACUCUGAAUUCUUUGAACUAUUCCAUGGUUUCAAAAUUGUUGCCGAAACUACAAGAAUGGGAGAAAAGCAAGCACCUAGUAAUCAUAAAAGGAGCUGGAGAAAAAGCCUUUUGUGCUGGUGGUGAUAUUAAAGCUGCUAUAGACAAAGUAGAAGGCCCACAGUUCUUUUUUACAGAGUAUAAUGUAAACUACCUGAUAGGAAAGUACAAGAUCCCGUACAUUGCAUUUAUUGACGGAAUUACUAUGGGUGGUGGACUUGGUUUGUCAGUUCACGGCAGAUACAGAGUAGCCACAGAGAAGACGAUGAUAGCUAUGCCAGAAACGAAGAUAGGCCUGUUUCCAGAUGUUGGCGGCUCAUAUUUCCUACCUAGGCUGCAAGUAAAUCUUGGAUUAUAUUUGGGAUUAACUGGAGACAGACUUAAAGGCAAAGAUGUUGUAAAAGCGGGUAUAGCAACCCAUUUUGUCCCAAGCAAACGUUUAUAUGAAUUAGAGAAGCUAUUAUCCCGAUGCCAGAGUGAUGUAGAAGUCAAUUCUUUGCUCAGCAAGUUCCAUGAGCCAUCUGACGACUUCUCAUUGGCUUCUAACAUUAAACACAUUAAUUACUGCUUUGCCGCAUCUACUAUUGAAGAGAUUAUUGAAAGACUUGAGAAGGUCAAGAAUGAUUGGUCAGUCAAAAUUUUAGAGUCACUUAGUCAUAUGUGCCCUGGUUCGCUAAAAAUAACACUUCGAGCACUGCAGCGAGGUGCCCAGAUGGAGCUUCCUCAAUGCUUACAGAUGGAGUACCGAGUUGCCUGUCACUGCACACAGACUCAUGACUUCCCUGAAGGUGUUCGCGCUCUAUUAAUAGACAAAGAUAACAAACCGCAGUGGAACCCUAAGACCCUUGCUGAAGUCAGUGACGAUUAUGUAGAGAGCUUCUUUAAAAAACUUCCUAAAGACCAGGAGCUUAAGUUUUUUGAUGCCAAACUUUAGUUUAUAAGUAAUACUUCAUAUUUUUAUCUCUUAUAUCCCUCAGGGUUGCUUAAAGAAUUUACUAAAAACGAAGAGAAUUUUUAAAAUUAAAUUAUACUUGUAAUGUCUCAAAUAUAGAGACUGAGCUUGAGACCAUUCCAGAAUCAAUUAUUUAACAAAAGUGCCUGAAUGAUAAAUAUUAGAGGAACAUAGUUCUUGCUAUAUGAUUAAUUUGUUUAUAUAAUAUUAAGGACAUAACUCUAAACGCAUCUUUUAUCGUGUUUAGAUUAGGUACGUACUUUUUAUUAUUCUAUUAUAGAUGUAAUAUUGUAUUUCUAUACAUAUUUGUUAAACUUUUUAUAUUUUUCUAAAACCAGUUUUAUUGAUAGCCGUUUUUGUA